AUGCCACUCAUCUCCAACUUCCAGCUCCCCCCUUCGGCGAACCUCCUCGAGGUCCCCACCGACAAGAAACUGUUCCUCGCCUUUAUCUCGUCCGCAGAUCCGGCUACCGGACAAGCGUGGUGUCCGGAUGUCCGUGCCGCAUGGCCUAAAAUCGAAGAAGCGUUCUCCAGCGAGCAAGGUCCGCAGGUUGGUGUUGUUGAAGUGGGACAGAAGCCCGAAUGGAAAGACCCACAAAACGCUUACCGGACUAAAUGGAAUGUGAACAACAUUCCUGCACUGGUACGGUAUGAGUCUGUGAACGGGGAGGUUGUGGAGACGGGAAGGCUUGUUGAGGGGGAGAUUCUAGAUCAGGAGAAGUUGGGUCAGUUUGUUGGAUCGAGGUGA